AUGGUGGAUAACCGAUUUGGUCUAUUAGUCAACCAUCGGAAGGGAAUACAAAAUGUUCCGUCUAAGCUUGCUGUUUGUGGUCGUCAGUGCCGUGGCCGUUUUCGCCGGCACUCUUCCUGCGGAAUACACCGAGUGGGAAGGACGCAUCGUCGGAGGUUCGAACGCAGGUUCGGGACAGUUUCCUUACCAGGUUUCGCUUCGCUCGGCUGCCAACGCUCACUUCUGCGGAGGUUCAGUGAUCAACAACCGCUAUGCACUGUCGGCAGCUCACUGCACUAUCGGACGCACAACUGCCAACACCCGCGUGGUUGUAGGAACCCAUUUGCUGAAUAGUGGCGGUGUGAUGCACAAUGUUGCUCGUAUUGUUAAUCAUGGAUCGUACAACGCCAACACCUUAGCCAACGAUGUAUCGUUAGUGCAGACGGCUUCGACUAUCACUUUCAACAAUCUUGUCCAGACCAUUGGUUUGGCCAUGAACUUCAUCAACACCGGCAGCGGUGCCUUAGCUUCGGGUUGGGGACAGCUGGGAGCCAAUGCUGGCAUUCCGAACAACUUGCAGUGGCUGAGCACCAGUAUCAUUACCCUGGCCGAUUGCCGCUCUCGUCAUUCGGCGGCAAACGCAGCUCGUGUCUUCGAUACCACUGUAUGUACCUUGAGCCCAUCGGGUCAGGGUAUGUGCAUGGGAGAUUCCGGUGGCCCACUGGUCCAUGGUGGUCUGCAGCAAGGUAUUGUAUCGUGGGGUAUUCCGUGCGGCCUGGGCUCUCCGGAUGUCUUCGCUCGUGUCUCGUCGCAUCGCACCUGGAUUCUGAACAAUGCUGUGUAAGUCGUUUUGUUGAGGCGUGUAAUAAAUUUUCGUUUUCCUUUAA